AUGGGCGAUUCGUAUUACGAGUACCUGCUCAAGCAGUGGAUCCAGGGAGGUAAGAAGGAUGCCCGCCUCAAAGAUGCCUGGAAGAGAGCCAUGAAAGAGAUGAUGGAUACCAUGGUAGUGACGACGUCCAGCGGCCUUCAAUUUGUCGCGGAGCUUGAGGGCCCUCGACAGCGGAACCGCAUGGACCACCUGGCCUGCUUCGUCGCCGGUAUGCUCAUGCUUGGCAGCAGGACGCUUCCCAGGGACGAGGUAGAUCCUCGCUGGGAGCCCUUUGCAGCUGAGCUGACGCACACCUGCUACCAGAUGUAUGUGCGCAUGCCCACAGGGCUUUCCCCGGAAUACGUCGCCUUCAACCUCCAAGCAGCGAGAGGUCAAGAGAUGUCUGUGCCGGGGGACGCGCCGCACAACUUGCUGCGACCUGAGGCUGCUGAGGCGCUGUGGUACAUGUGGUACUACACAGGUGACCCGAAGUACCGACAGUGGGGCCACGAGAUGUUUGUGCCAUUCCUGCGGCACUGCAAGGUAAAGUAUGGUUUCUCUGCCAUCACAGACGUCCGAAAGAAGCCGCCGCCAAAGCGUGACAGCCAGGAGAGCUUCUGGCUCGGUGAGACUUUGAAGUACUUUUACCUUCUCUUCUCGCCCAGAAGUACCUUGAAUCUGGAGGAGUUUGUCCUCAACACAGAGGCGCAACCCCUGCGCAUCUUG